AUGGCCGAUAGUGACGACCAACCGCCCUCGCCAGGGGGGCCACUCAGUCCGAUGACUCCCGAUCGCGCAAACCAGAAGCAACAGGCCCGCAACCUCUUCACAUCGCCUCGCAGCAGCCCCGGCGGCCGCGACAGCUCUGUGCACGACAAGAUAUCCCAGUUCAAUAACCUCGCCAUGCAGUCCAAGACACUCGAGCGCAAGACCGCCGACGCUGCCCUCAAGCGUGCCAUGCUGGGUCGCGAGGAAGCCGAGACCGAACUGCGCCGCUACCGCGACGAGUCCAAGGUCCUGCGUGUUCAGUUGGAAAAGGGCAAGGAGCGAGAGCAACGCGUCAGCGAGCGUCUCGAGACCGUCAUGGAACAAUACGGCCGCGCCAAAGAAACAUACGCCCAUACGAAAGCAGCAUGGGAGAAAGAGAUUAAGCUUGCACGCAAAAAGACAUUCAAGAACGAGUCCCAGAUCAUCAAACUUCAAGAGGAGCUCAAGUCCGCCCGCGAAGGCUGGCGCCUGGCCUCGGACAACCUCGACGCCGAGAAGCUGCGCUCCAAGGCCCGCGAAGAAGAGGCUUUUCAGGCUCGCUAUCAAAUGGUCGGCAUGGAGCAGGAGCUCGGCGAAGCUUUUGAGCGCAUCAAGAUGCUCGAGCAGGAGCGUGACGCAUACAAGACCUUGGCGGCGGAGGAAGAAGUCGCCCGCAUAGCCGCCGAGGGUCGCAUCCCAUUACCCAAACCGCUCGACGCCGAACCCGACGACGAGUUUGCAUCACCCAAAAAGAAGAAGAAGGCAUCGCGAUUCUCGCUUUCGACGGUGGACAUAGUCUCCUCUGCCGCCAGCGAGGAGGAGAUUGAAGAGCUUUCUCUCCAAGUUUCCUGGGAACGCCAACGCGCAGACCGUGCAUACGAACUCGUCGACUUCUUGCAGGCCGAGUGCGAGCUGCGGUGCUGCCCUUGCGCCAAAACCCACAGAAGACAAAGUAUCGUCUCCCCGAGACAGAGCCUGGCUUCCAACAGGCCAAGCAUCAUGUCGCCGAGGCGCAGACUCAUGCCGCCGGCUGAGAUAGCCGACGCCAGUGACCUGGUCCUUCUUCGCGGAAGUAAGGGGUCCUCUGCGGGUCGCCCAUCAUUCGGUGCUUCACAGAGCCCCCCGGCCGAUGAAAACGUCUUCAAAAAGCCCGAUGCUCCCAGGAGGUCGAGGGAGGAGCGCCGGAGCACCAUCUUCUGCGCCCGCGAGGGCAUCUUCCGAACGGUGUCUCUACAAGAGGCCGAGGAGAUCGAGGCCCAGCGGGAGCAGGAGAGGAAAGAGCACGAAUCCAGCGAGGAGUCUCCCAAUGAGCCUCCCACUCCCCACGAUGCUCCCCCGAGGUUCUCGCGCACACCCUCUCUCGAACCCCCUGACUUUGCUGUCCUCGCCCAGGAGCGCAUGUCGCUGGCAUCCCUCCUCAAUGCGCCCCACGGCGGCGCCGACGGCGAAGCCCACACCGCGCCUCUUCCCUCCAUCCCGACCAUGCCUGACAUGGAAGACCGUCCAGCGGCUCGUUCCUCAAGAAGCCCCUCGCCGAACCCCAAGGAUACCGUCCGCCCACACACAGCAGCCGCGUUCUAUACCAAGACAACCACAACGACCGUCCCCGUCCGUGAUGACAAGCCAAGACCCCAGCCUAGGGUCGAACGCGGCCGCACGCCAUCAGGUGGCGACUGUCAGAUGUCUUUUGACAUCAACAACCCCGCCAUGACCCCUACCAUGACGCGCGAGGAGGCCCUGGCCCGCAUUCGCGAACGCCGAGGACGGGCCCGCUCCAUUGCACAAGGCACAGCGACGCCCCGCAAGAAGAUGAUUGAGGGUGCUGGCGAACGGCGUGAUGUUAGCGCCCCUGCCGGUCAGCCGUAUCCCAAGGCGAAGGUGUAG